UUUGCAUUAAUUACAACAUGAUAGUUUUUAGUUAUUCCUGUUGAAUCCUAUGCUGUGUACUAAGUUGUCUGUCUGAAGUAGGUUCGUGUUUUGUUUUUUUUAGCAAACUUGGGAAUUUUGCCAAAUUUCAGGUUUAAUAUCUUGCUAUGCUUUUAGUAACCUGAAUUAUUUCAACCCAUUACAUAUUUUUCAAAGAUUCUAAUUAUUGCAGGAGUACUAAAGCCCAAGUCUUUCCUUCCCCCAUUUGACUUUUUACAUAUUUGUAUUUUUUAAUAACAACCAAUUCUGGGCACUACCACUUAGGCUAAUGUAACAACUUUGAAAUAAAGUGUGUUUCUUUUAAUUGCUGCAGCGUUUCAAGUCGAUGGUUUAGGUGACACUUGUGAAUACUGCCAUCCACAGGUGAUUUUUUUGAAGUGAGUUUAAGAAGAACUGCAUAAACUAAAUCUUUUGAGGUAGAGGUUACCCCCCUAUUAAGGAGUAACAAAAAAAGUGUGCUGUUUUAGAGGAAGAUGCCCAAUCUAGGUCGUGACAAAAGGUUUGGAUUUAGUAAUAGCGCACAGAGUAGGAGUGGAGAGUCUGUCAGUCAAUCUAGUUCUGAUCCCAAUGUUGAUCAGUACAAGCUUUCAAGUAGAUGAAGUUAUGUAAUUUACCAGGAGAUUAUUUUUUGCUUGCUGGCAGCUCUAAUAUAAACUAAAGCAUGAACAUAUCUUCUUGGUUUUUAUUGAUUCAAGGCAUCCUGAGCUCUUCCAUUCAACUUCAAUCUUCAUCUGUCUAAGUAGUUUAAAUAAAAAUGAUAGAAAAGUUAACUCCUAGGCGACUGAGCCUCAAAAAGUUUAAAUUCUUUCUAUGCAUGUUGUGACACUUAGCUUUUAAUAAACACAACAAAAUACUGUCUUUUGGGGGGAACAAAAAUAGUGUAAUCUCAUUGUGCAUAAAGAACUUAUACACUUUCUUGUGUUGAAAACCCAGUGAGCCAUUCAUUCUGCUCUUCUGAAUGAGUGAUGACUUCUGUUGGAAAACUCACUGAAAAUAAUUUUUCUGUAUUUGGGGUUAGAAAUGUACACAGUUCCUUUAACUCACUCCCAAAAUCUAAUUAGGCUUCUGCCACAGCAUCACCUGAAUGAACAGGGAUUCUCUCAAAAUUUUGUUUUCAGGUGAGGCUCGGGUAGGAGGAAGGGGUAUUGAAAACUCCUUUGUUUCAGAAAUGUUUUAAGUUACUAAUUUUGGGGUAACGUUUUGUCAUAAAAGCCCAUAUAUCAUAUACAGUGAUUUGGCAGUUGGAGUUCAUGCUGCCAGAUAAUCCUGGUUUCAGAAAAAAGAAACGGUGUCAGUCAUGGCUUUCAUUGCCGGUGUCAUGCUCUCCUGGAUCAGCAUCUCCCAUAGAGACACUCCCACUGAUGAGUGUCAAGUUAAAAUUCUCUGUAAGACUUCCCCCCAGUAAAUACACUUUAUAGUAGUCCCUUGGUCUGGGAACACUAUUGUGGGGAGCAUGGACUAUGAGUUGUUUUGCCUUUGAAGACAAAGGUAUCUGCAGUUUCUGUGUUUCUGCCAAACUUUAUUUUUGCACCUUAUUAAAAGGUAUUUCUCCACAUAUUCUCUGUUUUGUAUCUGCCUGCAAAAGAAGCAUGAUAUAGCAGAACCAGGCUCGCUGCUGUGCAGAUGUGGCCUAACAUUUGUUGCUGCCUGUUGCAGCAAAAUUUUCUGGAGCAGAAGGGAAAGGGCAAUGGAAAUUCCUGAACCCUUUUCCCACCUACAAUACAAAAUUAUCUUCUCAAAACUUUAGCAUGGGACUGAGAGCAGCAGGCUUACUUCCUCCGCUGCCUUGCUUGUAUCUUACUCUGAAUAGAGAUAUAAAAGCAGUAUAAUCCAGUCUCCUUUCAAUCCUAGCAGCCAUGAGCAACCCAUAAUAAUGGGCUGACCAUCUUCCAGGCAUGUCCCUCAUGGAGUUUUUCAUUGGUGUGAUCUAAUGCCAGGUGACAACUCUCAACUCAUGUUAAAACCUUAAGUUUUUAGAACAGUUGCAUCCCAGCUUAGUCUGAUUUCUUAAUCUCUUCUUGGUACAUAAGCUGCAGCUCCUGAAUUUUUGUUUCUAUAUUCCUGAUGUGAUCUUUGGAAAAAAAUUCCUGUGGCAAUAGCUGGGAGUGGUUUUGCCUUUCCAUGAAAAGGGUGUGCUCACUGGCUUUGGUUUGAUUGGAUGAAGUCAGCCGAAUACAUCGAUCUCGCUUAUUUACAAAAGUGGGGAUUUUGCUUCUGAUUGCAACACUGGACUCCAGCUAGAUACUGCUCUUCAGGUCAUCAUAUGGUAAAUCUAAAACUGCUGCACGCGGCAGCCCUUCUACGAAAAGGGACAGUUUUGGAGCGGAAGCAUGCUGAGGUACACCGUGCACGUCCGAGGAGAAUGGCUGGUGGUGCCAUGCCGAAGCUGCACCAACACCAUCAGGUGGCUGGGGAAGGAAGCUGUGAGACGGUACAUGAAAAACAAACCCGACAACGGGGGAUUUGCCUCGGUGGAAGAAGUAAAAUUUUACGUGCGAAGGUGCAAAGGACUUGGGCUGCUGGAUCUUGAUGAUACGGUGGAGGAUGCUCUAGAGGACAAUGAGUUUGUUGAAGUUGUUAUAGAAGGAGAUAUAAUGUCUCCAGAUUUCAUACCAUCUCAGCCAGAAGGAGUUCAUUUAUACAGCAAAUACAGAGAACCAGAACAGUAUAUUUCUUUAGAUGGCAACAGCUUAACAACGGAGGACUUGGUUGAUCUAGGAAAGGGGCUCUACAAGAUAAAGCUCACACCUGAAGCUGAGGCUAAAGUCAAACAAUCACGAGAAGUGAUUGAAAGGAUCAUAAAGGAACAGACAAUUGUUUAUGGAAUCACCACGGGAUUUGGGAAGUUUGCCAGGACUGUCAUCCCAAACAGCAAGCUGAAGGAGCUUCAAGUGAACUUGGUUCGUUCACAUUCUGCAGGUGUGGGGAAACCUUUGAGCCCAGAGAGAUCUCGCAUGCUGUUGGCAUUGAGGAUCAAUGUCCUAGCAAAAGGAUACAGUGGAAUAUCCCUAGAAACGCUCCAGCAAGUUAUUGAAGCAUUUAAUGCAUCCUGCCUUCCUUAUAUUCCUGAGAAAGGGACAGUUGGAGCCAGUGGAGACUUGGCCCCCCUCUCUCAUCUCACUCUGGGAUUAAUUGGAGAGGGAAAGAUGUGGUCCCCAAAGAGUGGCUGGGCUGAUGCUAAAUAUGUCCUGGAAGCCCAUGGUCUGAGACCAAUUACCUUGAAACCGAAAGAGGGUCUGGCCCUCAUCAAUGGGACACAAAUGAUCACCUCGCUGGGAUGCGAAGCGGUUGAAAGAGCCAGUGCUAUAGCCAGACAAGCUGACAUAAUCGCUGCUCUUACGCUUGAAGUCCUGAAGGGUACAACAAGGGCCUUUGACACUGAUAUCCAUGCAGUGCGCCCACACCGAGGGCAGGCUGAAGUGGCAUUUCGAUUCCGAUCCCUUCUAGAUUCUGACCAUCAUCCAUCAGAAAUAGCAGAGAGCCAUAGGUUCUGUGACCGAGUUCAGGAUGCAUACACAAUGCGCUGCUGCCCUCAGGUCCACGGCAUUGUAAAUGAUACAAUUGCUUUUGUGAAGGACAUCAUGAUGACUGAAAUCAACAGUGCCACAGACAACCCUAUGGUAUUUGCUGAAAGGGCGGAGACCAUUUCUGGAGGAAAUUUCCAUGGUGAAUAUCCUGCAAAGGCUCUGGACUAUUUGGCAAUCGGUGUGCAUGAACUUGCUGCAAUUAGUGAAAGAAGAAUUGAGAGGCUCUGCAACCCCUCACUCAGUGAACUGCCUGCGUUUUUAGUCACUGAAGGAGGUCUGAACUCUGGCUUCAUGAUUGCACACUGCACAGCAGCUGCCCUGGUUUCUGAGAACAAAGCCUUGUGCCACCCCUCUUCUGUGGACUCCCUCUCAACCAGUGCUGCUACGGAGGAUCACGUGUCCAUGGGAGGAUGGGCUGCAAGAAAAGCUUUGAGAGUUAUUGAACAUGUGGAACAAGUUCUGGCUAUUGAGCUGCUCGCAGCCUGCCAGGGCAUUGAAUUCCUACGCCCUCUGAAAACGACAACCCCAUUGGAGAAGGUCUACGACCUUGUGCGUUCCGUGGUGAGGCCGUGGAUGAAGGAUCGCUUCAUGGCCCCAGACAUCGAAGCAGCUCACAGGCUGCUCAUGGAGCAGAAGGUGUGGGAAGUGGCCGAACCUUACAUUGAAAAGUACAGGAGGGAACACGUCCCUGAAUCGAGACCCAUUUCACCAACAGCCUUCUCCCUGGGAUCACUGGAAAUGAACACAGGUGUUAGUCAUGACCAUGGGCAUCAGGAUGAACUUUAAGAGUACGGAGCAAAUGGUACAGAGCACAUCCCUGUCCAGGACCUUGCCUAAGGGUGGCUGUUCUAGAAAUCAACGUGGUUUCUCCAAGUGACACAAAGGACCUGACUGUCUAUCUCAGGAGCACCUACAGAUAAUAGAGAAAUGGCUCACUGCUUUUCCUCGCAUGUGAAAGACAGCUUUGUCACAAUAGUCUGGUUUUGGCUGAAUUUCCUGAGCUUCUCAACACAAAACAUGCAGACUCCUUCUGAAACGAGUGGAUGUUUUAUCAGCUAUUCACUUGUUUUCACUUUGUGCCAAUGAUACUGAACAGCAUACAUCUGCUAGUCUCACUUUUUUUUUUCCUUUGUGUAACUGCUAUGGUCCCCUUCAUUCUGCCACAAGCAAAGUUAUCUUUACACUUGGUUCUCUCUUCUGCAGAUCAUAUAUGAGGCACAGGUUCUUGUAUAGUAAGAGCAUUUUAGAGCAGGUGCUUUAGAAGUCUGAAAAUAUGUGUGCAUAAAAAUGUGCAAUGGAGAUCAUUGCUCCAGAACAAAUAUAUUGUACUCCAGUGAUGAACUGCACUUAAUGCAGCUUUCUAAGAGCUAUGGGCUUACACCUGCAAUAAAUAAACUGAGGCUUCACAUA